UUUGUGUUUACAUCCAACACAAGAAGGCAAAACAUAACCAGACUCACUUUAAACACCUCGGUGUGACGGUUAAAAUAUAUGUCACUAAUCGUUCAUCCAUACUCUAUGUAACAACAAAAAGGCGUUUCUUCCGUCUAGAGAGCCACGUCGCGUCUCCCGUCGUGUUUCCGUCAAACUCCUCAUGCAAUGACUACAAACUAUCAGCUAACAGCGAGCUAAGCUACCGACAACUCGUCCAGACAUUACCUAGUUCACUCCUGCUCAGUGCCCGCCACUCAGAGUGAAGUCUCUCAUGGUGGUCAGUUCACUUUAAUGGGUAACUGCCUGUUUUCACAAGGUGCGGAUGACCUGUCGCUGCUGAACGAGUCUGAGGGGGGCAGUCUGCCCGGGGAGCCUCCUCCGCCCUACCAGGAGCGCACCCAGCAUGUGCCAGUGUACCAUCCCAACCCAGGGGAGAGUCGCUCUGCCUACCAGCUGACAGAGGAGGAGCAGGUCCGCAUCGCCCAGCGCAUCGGCCUCAUCCAUCACCUGCCUAAAGGCAUCUUCAAUCCGGGCUCCGAUCCUACUGACAAGAAAGUUAAAGAGUGUGUGAUCUGCAUGAUGGAUUUCGAGUAUGGCGAUCCCAUCCGGUUCUUGCCCUGCCUUCACAUCUACCACGUGGAUUGCAUCGACCCCUGGCUGAUGCGCUCCUUCACCUGCCCCUCCUGCAUGGAGCCGGUCGACGCAGCCCUGCUGUCCUCGUACGAAACCAUCUGAGCCGCUCCAUGCUGGCCGCUCCUGCCUGAAAGUAACUGCACCUUUAUAGCCGACACUGUCCUAGCUGUUCAAACUGGUAGCCUCAGUGAUGUGACAUUAUGCAGAUGUUUGAAGGGUGUUUUAGAUGCACACAGCUGUAGAAAAACUGUGCCAUACAGUACAUUGCUUAAGUCUGAUAUGCACCUAUUUGGAAAAUGUUUGCCUUUUACAGUUGGACAAUGUGCCAAAUCAAGCUAGAUGGAGAAUAUGUAAAGCUGUACACGUAGCAUAAUAUUACUGUUAAGUAAUUUCACUUUUGUAUGACAGUCUAUUUUAAUUUGGGAUUUCUAUUCUUAUGGAGUGCAUGUCACCAAUUGACUUCCCCCUUUCUAGAUGUAAUGUGCAAUAUGUCUUAUCAAUAGAGAAAAAUGCAGGAAAUCUCUCUUUGAUCAAGGGAAGGAACUGCGUUUUCAGCAACAUGUGGCCUUUAAUGUCACAAAAACACAGGCCUUUUAUUCUGAUAUGCAAUCAUCAAAACACAGAAAAAUGAACUUUUCUGAACAAAGUUAUGCUAAGAGGUCCCAAGACCAUUAGUCUACAGCGCCAAGAUAUAGGAUGUUGUCGUUUUGGAUUGAAGUUGUUUGAAGAUUGAAUCUAUUUAACUAGAGUCUGGUUGUUGGUACUGUCGGGUUUCCUUUGAAGCUGCUUUUAUAAAUGAGCAUAUGUUAUUGCCUUCCCACAAUAUGGAUCCUUCCCUUUGCUUCCUCGAGUUCGUGCUGCGUUUUGUUUAAGAAAUAAGCCUUGAGUGUGUCCUUUGCAUUGUGUCAUGACAUUUACAAAGAAAGAAAUGCUGUGCAAUCCCUCUUAGAGCACAUUGGGAUUCUCUUCAUCUGGCUCUCUGUAGCGUGUACAUGUCAUAGAUGAUUGUUGUGUGUUUUAAUGUGUGUUCUUUAGGAGAUUGUGGGUAGAGGAGGUCAUAUUGUGAAUUAACCUUAUCAACCUUAACCUCAGUUAUAGAUCUUGUAAUAGUUCCCAUCCUUUUGUUUUUAAUUUAGAGCUGUUUUUAAUUACCUUCUUCUAGCAAGUGAUGCAUUAUAAGAGCUCCCUGGUGUGGUCUAAAAAAAAAAUGCUCUUGUCUUUUGGUAUUAGACAUGUACUGUAUCUGAUACUGAAUGCGUCAUUUACAGCACACACAGUUAAUGUAAAGCAUUUUUUCAGCUUUUAAAUAUUUAGACACUCAAGUGACAAUAAGAGGACAUUUCUGAUUUACUCAGGCUGCUGUGCCUUUUUAAGGUUGAGGUUAGCCAAUUCCUGUGAAGUACAAUCAUUUCUGACAUGAGUUUUGUUUUUCUUAAAGUUAUCCCCCAGGGGAAAACACAUACCAGCACUGCACUGAUUUGUUUCACGAUGAAUUAGGCCAGAAAUAAAGUCAGAAAUUGGCUCUGUCUGCUGUUAACAAUCAGUCUGUGUUUUAAUUUAUAAUGUUUUCCCUGGUGAGAAGAUUUUUAGAAAAAGUCAUGAAACCACAAUAAAAGUGGAAACCAAAUUGUACAAAACAA